CAGGCCUGGGGGACGGCCAGGCAGCAGGCCGGCCUGUUAGUCAGCGUGCUCAGUUUAAAGCCAAUGUACGAUACAGCGGAAACAGUGCCUCUCCUCAUUCACCGUUAGUGCAAGGCUGCGCUGGAUCGAUUACACAUCUAUUACAUUUCAGAAGACGGUAGUGGGUGUUCUUCCCUAACUGCGUCCGGGUUAUCACACCAGGCCGCGAUGAAAACGGCCCCAGUGAACUCUGCUGGUGUUGCUGGGAGCAGCGCCGGGCUGCAGCACGGUCCUCUCGAGCCGCCCCCUCCUUCACCGCGUGCGCCCCCCGACGCGCGCGCUCUCCGGGACCCGACGGCGGCAGAGCGGCGUCCCGCAGCCUCAAGAACGUUUUCACGAAUAUGGCGGGACCCGAAGACUGCACAUUAUCUUUGGACGGUCUGUUUUUUGAAGGACCAGUGACUCAGAAGACAAAACCACAAUAUCAAGGGCAAGGAUCUUGGCAACUUGAACCUCCGCCACUGGCGUCUGAAAUACCAGGUACUCAGGAACUGCAGGAGGAAUUAGUAACACUUCGCUCUUACAGUUCUUCACAGACAAUAAGAAAAUUCAUACCACCUUUGAAAAAAACAGAUGGGACUAAAAAUAUUUCUGCUCAACGCAGUGAUUUUCAAAAGACAAUAGGACCCUUCAGUUUAUUAGAAAAGGAGGAUUCACAUCUUGAUCGAGAUGAAAACAGUAAUGUACCUAAAACUCAGCGUUCAGACCAGCUGUUUGGUGAGAAAACAUCUAACAAUGGAGAAAGCUCACAGUUAAGGAGAAGCUUGUUUAAAUGUCCCCAGACUGCCUCAGCUUCAGACAGACAGCACUGCCCUUCAGUCGUGAAGAGAGGAGCCCGAAGCAAUGGCUUUAAUGAUGGAGUUACUAAGGUGUCACAGGAGGCUUUCAUGACAUCUGCUGAUAACUCUCAGAGCUCUAUAAGAGGUCCGUGUGCUUCGGGUGGUUGUGCUUCCACAGCUGCAAAACAGAGCACAAAAACAGCCCAUGUCCUUCCCUUGACUCCACAGCCACUUAAUGUACGAGGUGGAUUAGGCAUGGAGUCGGGAGUCCUCCGGGCAGUGACUGAAAUCCCUGCACAAUACAGAUCGGUUUUCAAAGAAUUCCCCUAUUUCAAUUAUAUCCAGUCUAAAGCACUGGAUGACCUUCUUUACACUGGUAAAAAUUUUGUUGCUUGUGCUCCAACGGGCUCUGGAAAAACAGUACUGUUUGAGCUGGUGAUUAUCCGACUGUUGAUGGAAGAGCAAGCGCCCUGGUCCCACAUUAAGAUUGUAUACAUGGCACCAAUUAAAGCCCUCUGCAGUCAACGUUAUGAAAACUGGAAACAAAAAUUUGGGCCUUUAGGGUUGAAUUGUAAGGAGCUCACAGGGGAUACAGAAAUUGAUGACUUCUUUGAGAUUCAAGAUGCUCAUCUCAUCAUGACUACGCCAGAAAAAUGGGACAGCAUGACAAGGAAGUGGAGUGGUAAUUGUUUGGUCCAGCUGGUUAGGCUCUUCCUUAUAGAUGAGGUCCAUGUUGUAAAAGAUGAAACUCGUGGGGCAACUCUCGAGGUGGUAGUGAGCAGGAUGAAGGCGAUGCGUUCUUCCCUUUCUCACGGUGCACAAACCCCAGAAUCGAAGACCUCCGUGAGAUUCGUGGCUGUUUCUGCAACAAUUCCAAACAUCAAAGAUAUUGCGGAUUGGCUGUCAGAUGGUGGUGAGCCGGCCGUUUGUUUGGAAAUGGAUGAAGAACACAGGCCUGUGAAGUUAAGAAAAGUUGUGCUUGGAUUUCCCUGCUCCAGCAAUCAAACUGAAUUUAAGUUUGAUUUGUCUCUUAAUUACAAAAUAGCAAGCAUCAUCCAGACCUAUUCUGAUCAGAAACCAACACUUGUGUUUUGUGCAACAAGGAAGGGUGUACAACAGUCUGCAUCUGUUCUUGCCAAGGAUGCCAGAUUCAUAAUGAGCAUUGAACACAAACAAAGGUUGAUGAAGUAUGCAGACGUGAUUCAUGACUCCAAACUAAGAGAUCUAGUGAUGUAUGGAAUAGGAUUCCAUCAUGCUGGCAUUGACUUGUCUGACAGAAAAUUAAUUGAAGGUGCUUUUACCAUGGGAGACCUACCAGUACUUUUUACAACAAGCACCUUAGCUAUGGGAGUGAACCUGCCUGCUCACUUGGUGGUGAUCAAGUCCACCAUGCAUUACGUAGGAGGCAUGUUUCAGGAGUACAGUGAAACAGACAUCCUUCAAAUGAUAGGAAGAGCUGGGAGGCCCCAGUUUGACACCACAGCUACAGCAGUGAUUAUGACCAGAUCCCAGACAAAAGACAGAUACACUCAUCUCGUAAGUGGAGAUGAAACAACUGAAAGCAGCCUGCACAAACACCUGGUUGAACAUUUAAACGCAGAGAUAGUUCUUCACACGUUCUCUGAUGUAAAUGGUGCACUGGAUUGGAUACGUUCUACAUUCCUGUACAUCAGAGCCUUGAAGAACCCCAGCUAUUAUGGUUUUCCUCCUGCAUUAAACAAAGCUGGAAUAGAAGCAGAAUUGCAAGAGCUCUGUCUGAGGAAUCUGAAUGCUCUGUCUUCAAUUGGCCUGAUUACCAUGGAUGAAGACAUAAAUUUUAAAACUACUGAGACUGGGAAGAUUAUGGCACGGUAUUGCAUUGCCUAUGACACCAUGAAGCAGUUCACCUUAGUUUCUGGAACAGAAACAUUAUCUGACCUGAUCAGACUGAUAUCCAAAGGGAAAGAGUUUUCUGAUGUGCAGUUAAGAGUGAGUGAGAAGAGAACUCUGAACACGCUGAACAAAGAUAAAAACAGAGUAACGAUCAGGUACCCAAUCGAGGGAAAGAUUAAAACCAAUGAAAUGAAAGUUAAUUGUUUAAUUCAGGCUCAACUUGGAUGCAUCGCAGUUCAAGAAUUUGGUUUGACGCAGGAUAUAGGGAAAAUAUUCAGAAAUGGAACCAGAGUAACUAAAUGUUUGUCGGAGAUUCUUGGCCAUCAAGCCAAGAGGAACUUCUCUGCUCUGCUCAAUUCUUUGAUUCUGGCCAAGUGUUUUCGUUCCAGGCUAUGGGAGAACUCACCGUUUGUUUCAAAGCAACUGGAGAAAAUAGGAUUAACGCUAUCAACAGCAAUGGUCAACGCUGGUCUGACAUCAUUUCAGAAGAUUGAAGAAAUAAAUGCAAGAGAACUGGAGCUGAUUGUGAACAGACAUCCUCCUUUUGGAAACCAAAUAAGGGAAGCUGUCAUUCACCUUCCAAAGUACGAAGUCAGUUUGGAACAGGUUCCAAAAUAUAGUGUUUCAACUGCAGAGGUGAUUAUCACAGUCAUCUUAACAAACUACAAGCAGUUGCUGUUGAAGAGAACAGCCCCAGACAACCAUUAUGUCAGUUUGCUUAUAGGGGAUUCUGAUAAUCAAGUGCUUUUCCAUCAGAAACUCACUGAUUCCCUGUUACUGAGAUCAGGGAGCUGGUCUAAAAAAACUGAGAUUACAAGGGCACAUGCAGACGAACAAAUUUGUGUGAACCUUAUUAGUUCAGAGUAUGUGGGACUUGACAUUCAGCAGACAUACAGUGUUUUCUACUCGGGUCCAAAGAGAUUUAGAGCUCAUGUGAACAGCUGGCAGAGCCAGCAGCAGCACAGUGUUCCGGCCACAGCUGAGACAUGUGCCCUGACUGCCUCAGCACAGCCUGUUCCGGACAGAGGUUCUUCCAAAGAGAUCAUCUACCGUGAUCCUGGGAUAAGACAAUGCAACCAUUACUGUAAAAACAAGGAGCAGUGUGGACAUGACUGCUGCAAGGUUGGUGUGGUGGUGGUACAGCGAAGUGUUAAGAAUCCAGAAUCCAUUUUUUCUUCAUACCUUAGUGAUCUUAAAAGCAGGACCGAAUCACUAGCAGAAACACCUGUCAAACGUUUGAAGAUGAAAAUGUCUAAUGACACUGGAGCUGUAGACCUUCACCGGUUCUCAUAUAAACAGAAUGAUGGAAUGCCGACUGGUUCAAGAAGGUGUGAGAGGAACCAAGCUUUUAUGCCAACAAAGGUGGAGGCUCUGGAAUCUUUUGAUAGUUUCACAACAUCGCAACAAAGGGGAGAGCAGCAGUGCUGUGAAAGAGACUAUGACAUGGGAUGUUACACUGCCAACUCUCACAGCUGGAUCGUCCCAGAGCCAGAUGAGGAACUUCUCAGUCAAAAUACUGAGGAAGCGAAAAACGCAAAUUUUUCGGUGUGGAAGCAGUCUGAUACUGGAAGUAAAGUCAACACUCCACAAAACAACACAGGUUACUCUGAGAAUCAGAGGGUAAGAGACGCAGAUGAAAGUGGAUGCUUCUCAGAAGCUAUGCGUGUGACAUUCGAUCUUGGAGUGGAUGACUGGAGUGAUAUUGACGAUGAGAAUCUGGUACAAGUCAGUGAGCUUUCUGAUGCACAGAUACCACGGCCAGGAUUGAAGAAAGCAACAGCGUUUUCAGCAUCUUUGUACUCCAAGAUAGGGCAGACUACAUCAUUCAAAGAAUGUAAAGGAACUACAUAUAAUGACAUUAUACCGCAGGUGUCUAAGUGCACACCUGCACUUACCUGCACAUCAGAUGAUAAGUCAUCACAGUCCAGGAGCUUCUCAGAUGCAAAACCUAAGAUUCAUACUGAGCAGAGUGAGAACAGGAUGGUGCUUUCAUGCCCCAGACGGAAUGUAACAAACUCAUCAGCAGUUUUGGGGAAAUUUGAUUUUUUCUCCCAUUUGCAUGCUGCAAGCGCAGUAUCAGAAGGCAGUGGCAGAUUUGAGAGGGAAGACAGCGCCACAGAAGUUAGUGCUUUUCUUGGAAUAUUUGAUGGAAUAUUUUAGUACUCCCCAAAAGUCUGUUCAGAUGCUAGUAGAAAUGUUGUAAGUUAUUGUAUUUCUUUGAUUUGAUUGUUUAUAAAUCUGAUUUUAAAUGUAUUGUUAAUUGUUAAUAAUUCAAAUGAACACAUUGAGAUUUUGAUUAUUUUAUCAAAUAUAUGAUGUGCUCUCUUGUUGAA